AAGUAACGCAUGCGCAUGAUAAACGUCAAUGUAUGAGUUCAUUUUUAAGGUUAUGUUUAUAUAAAUAAAUAAAUGUCAAAGAGUGUUGUGAAUGAUUUUUGUUUAUCGUUUAAUUAAUUUAAGUGAAAAAUUAAAAAAGAUUGAGUGUAAGAUUGUUUUUGCAUUUAUGCAAUAAUGUCUGAAAGAAGAUCAAAAAUGAAACCUCCACGAAGAUCUAGUCAGGAUUCUGAAUCAAGUUCCAGUUCUGAAAGUACUUCCUCAGCAUCCUCAGAAGAGGAGGAAAUAGAUGCACGUGAUUUAAAGUCGAUUAAAGAAUAUUUGAAUGAUCGUCGAGAACUUGCUUCACAACUUUUUAAAUCAGUUAAACUUGAGAAAAUUCGUAUGAUGUUGCCUCAAACAUUAAAGAGCUUGAAUUUAUAUGAUCUCGAAGAAUACUGUGGAAACGAAUUAAGUGGAAUGUCGAGAAAAAGAAUUCUUAGCAUUAUAAAUGGUCAACGAAUGGCGGAAUCUUCAGAUACUGACGAAACAGAUGAUUCUGGGCCUUCGCUUGAGAUAAUAUCAGACACUGAGGAAUGGUUAACAGACGAUGACGUUGUGAUAAAAGAAGAAAAUACAUCUGACAAAUCAAAGCGAAAAAAACAGACGGACAAAGUAAAAGGAAAAUUAAAUCCCCAGUCGAAAGAUAAAACAAAAUCGAGUAAAUCAACUAUUGUUAAUCAAGCAAAAACUAAAAAAUCAAGUGAAAUUAAUGUUAAAAUUGAAGGUGAAAAACCAGAAGCAAAAGAAGGAGAAAGUCUUCUUGAUCUUCUUGAACUUGAAAUGAGAGCACGAGCAAUCAGGGCCUUAAUACGCAAAGAAGAAGACAUUAUACCAAAUAAAAAUACCGUAAAUACAAGUACAUCUAAAAAUAAUUCAACUACAACAUCAACAACAAAUGCAAAUGCAUCGACCAGUAAAUAUGUAGUUCAAGAAAUGCAACAAAUCAGUGUCACACUAAAACAAGGAAGUGGAUUAGACGAUGACGUUAUGUUGGUUAUUCAACCAGCUCCGACUAUAGAAUUAUUGUCAAGUGAAAGCGAAACAGAAAAAGAAAAGAACGAAAAAGAAGAGCAAGAACAAAGAGAAAACAAAAAAUUAGAAAAUGAAACGAGAAAAGAGAAUGAGACAACAGAGAAAUCGAACGAUGAACAAAAUCAAGAAAAAGGCGAGUAUAGUAAAAGAAUAAAUAAAAGACUGGAAAAUGAACGAGGAACCGAAACUACUCACAGUACAAGUACAAUUGGCGAUGAACCAAUAGAAAUUCCCGAUGAUGAAGAUAUAAAAUUAGAGGAUGAUUCAUCGAAUAAUAAAAAAAUGAAAAAAUUACCAAAAUCAUCCGAGAAUAUUGAAAAAAUUCAAUCUGAUCAAAUUACUGAAAUUGAUCACACUGAAAAAACAAAUCAAUUCCCAGCUAAAUCUCCCGAUCAUUCAAAUAAACUAGACGAAAAAGCACCGAAAAUUAUAGAUGAAUUAAAAAUAAAUAAAUUGGAAGAAACUAAAAUUGAUGAAAUUGAACAGAAGAAAAAUUCCGAUGAGGAGAAAAUAGAAUUAGAAAAUACAAAUUCAGAAUUAAAAUGUGCCGAAAGUGAAAAACAAAAAUCCCCUGAAAAAGAAUUGGAAGAUGGUGAAUUAGCUUCCGACAGUGAUUCAACAGAAGACACAGAAAUAAUCCAACGAAACAAUAAAAAAGGUACAAGCAAACAAUUUAGAAAACGUAGAACAAAAAAUUCUCCAAAAGAAAUUGAAAAUUCAGAACAAAGUGAUGUGAUUAAAUCGGAUGAUGAUUCUAAAUUAUGCAAGAAGAUUAAAGACACUAUUAAUUCUCAAAAUUUAGAGAAUGAAAAUAAACAAAAUCUCCCUGAAAUAUCUGACAAAAAAGAACAAAUUGAAAUUAAACAAACACAGCCCGUUGAGGGUGAAAAAAAUCAAGACGACAUGGAGGAGAUCAUUGAUCUCGAUGAUUAUCCCGACGAUAUGGAUGAUUUAGACAAUAAUCAAGAGUCAAAAAUUCCAAAUUCCACAUCCGCAAAUUCGAUGGAUUCAAAAAAUGAUAAUAAAACAGAGAAAUCAAGUAAUGAGAAAAGUGAACCUCAGGAAACAUGGGCUUCUCGUUAUUAUAAUACAGAUGACGUUCAGAAUGUAAUCAAAGAAUCGAAAAUACAAUCAGAAAUUCGUAAAAGAUUACGUGAAAGACAACGAUUGAGUAAAUUGACUAAUUCACCAAAUGCAAAUAAAACGGAAAGUAAUUCACCGAGUGAUAUUAAAAUUGAGGAAGCACAACAAAAACCAUUGGGAUCAGUUGAGGAAUAUUUAGCAUUAAAAGCCGCAACUAUUGCUGCUGCUGCCGCUGCUGAAUCAAAUGUCAAUGAAAAAAAUAAAAAAUCACAUCAUCGUAAACGCGAUAAAAUUAAAUCACAUAAUUCAACUAAGAAAAAAUCCAAGUCUGAUAAAAAAUCAUCAAAAAAUGAUGAAGAAAACUUUGUAAAAACAAAUGCAAAUUCAAAUAUUGAAUUAAAAUCCAAUUAAAAUAUUUUAUACGAUUUUUAUCUUCAAAAGUAUUUGUGAAAAAUGAAAAUAAAGUCGUUUUUUUUGCUGAAAAUUGUCAAGAGAAUUUAUUUCAAUUUGAUAAAUUUUGUCUUUUCAAUUGAUAAACAAAAAAAUUAUGUUUGCAAAAUUUUAUUAUUAAUUUUGCUUUUGAAAAUUAUUUUUUUAUGAUUUGCAUUAAAAAAAAAUCUAAAUUAUCGACCAAGAAUAAGGAACAAACUGAAAGUUUGCAUUUAUGGCUUUCUUCUCAUAAAAUUUAACGAUGUAGAUCAUUUUCAAAUAUAUAGUUUAAUUGAAAGGAAAGUUUUGAGUUGCGUGUGACGAAAAAAUCUACAUAAAAUAACGAAUCGUAAAUCGAUCAAAAAUAUAUGUUCCUGAUUAUGCAGUUAGACAUUUUAGUGCACAUAUUAUGUGUAUCCUAUAAAUGUCCAACUAGCAUAAUAUACAAAAUGUACCCUAAUAAAAUGUUUGCAUAAUACUUAAAACGUAAUAAUUUAAUUUAAUUCUAAUUAUAAUUCUGUUAAAUAAAAAUUUUUGUUAAAUAAAAUUGCCUUUAAAAAAUAGAACAA